UCUCGUGCGACCGCAGUUCCGACACGGCCAGAAAAUAUUGCGGAGUGGAAGUGGUGUUUUUGCGCUAUAAAAGACGCCUUUAGCACCUUUUGGAAAUGCCUGUGUGCAACUUCUUUCUUCAGGGCCGCUGUCGUUACGGCGAAAAAUGUUGGAAUGAGCACCCAAGAGGAGGAAGCAGAGGAGGAGGAGGUGGUGGAGGAGGAUAUAACAACAACUACAGCAACCGCUCCUCUGGUCAGCAACAGCCCAGAAGUGGAGGUGGAGGGUUUGGAAACAGAGUCUGGGUGAAUCCUUCCCAGCAAAAAGGAAACUACAUCCAGCCUUCAUCCUUCUCUUCUCACGGAAGUGACGACUGGGGUCAUGGAGGAGGUGGGGGAGGGGGAGGAGGAGGUGGUGGUGGUGGAGGGCGAAGAGAAAAUGUGAAGAGCUCCGACUUUAGUUUCUCAAGUCAAAACAGAUUUUCAGCUCUUAAUACUCCCAGCACCUUUGACAGGGGUGGCAGGGGGGGAGGAGGAGGAAGGGCAGCGGGAGGAACAGUUGGUGAUGAAGACGACGACAAAAAACUGGAAGUUAUUCAGAUGGACAUGGAUGUUUGGGAGAAGUCUGGCCAGUGGGGAUUCUCGUGUUAUUAUAGCUUCAAGACACUUGUAUCUGGUUUCACUGACCUCUCCCCUGAAGAGCUCCGGCUGGAAUACUACUCCACAAGACCUUCAGGAGAUCUGCAGGGCUACAUGAAUGGCAUCAAUCAGCUGCUCAGUCAGUGGAAAAACAGAGUCCAGGAAUUGAAGAUUAUGAAUCCAGCCACUCGUGCGGCACUGCUUGCAGAAUUAAAUGGUGCCGCACCUCAGGGAUCUUCAGGUGGGUUUGGUUCGACAACAGCAACUGGAUUUGGAUCCUCCAUCUCCAGCUUUGGAAGCAAAGAUUUUGGUGCACCAGCCCAGGCCAGCGGUUUCAGCUUUUCUGCUUCAAAUAGUGGAUUUGGCUCUGCAGCCACACAGUCAUCUUCAACAGGUUUUGGUGACAUCUUAGCAGCUCCCACACAGCCUCCCUCUGGGUUCGGCACUGCGUCCUCCUCUACACCUUCAGCUUCAAGUUUCUCCUUCGCCUCUACCACCACGGACAAACCAGCACCUGCGUCAGGAUUUGGAUCUGCCUCUGGAUUUAGUUUCCCCACUGGAGCAAGCAGCAGUUUCGGGGUUGGAGCCCCUGCGACAACAGGAAGCAGCAGUCUUUUUGGGCAGACAAGUGGAGGAUUUGGGGCAGCAGCCACUCAGCCCACUUCAGGAACUGGGUCUGCCGAAGGGGCGUCGGACAGUCUGUUUUCCCCUGAGAGUAAACUGACCGAAGAGGAACUGAGUCAGUUCAAGGCUAAGAAAUUCACUCUGGGACAGAUUCCACUGAAGCCCCCCCCUUCUAACCUGCUAGUGGUGUGAUACUGUGGAGAAUAUGGGUAGAUUAUUAAACUAAAAACUAUAAUUUUUGUGUAAACUUUAAGCUUUAAACCUUUUCCGUGCAAGUAAUUUUGAAGAUGUGGCUGACAUCCACACACUUCUCCUCGGUGUAGGUGGAGAAAACUCAGUUUGGAAGUGUGCUGUGUACUUUCGAGCUAUCUUUUGUCAUAAAAAGUUCUAUUUUUGAACGAUUUUAGGUUGCAUGGGUUUUAAUUUGUUCAUUUUUUUCCCCUUUUAUUAAGUGCCUAAGGGUACAGCAAGAAAAGUUGAUGGGGGGG